CUGGACUGGACUAAUCUCCAGAAAACCUCUGGCUCCACAAUGCUGCACAACUUUUAAUCUGUUGGAGUGUCUCCUUUCUACUUUGAAGUGCUACAUGAAUGCCCCAUUAACUUCUGCAAGGAACAGAACCUAGCGAGAGGCUGUCAGGAGGAUUUAGGCACCAUGGAAUGUUGCACAUUUGCACACUGGAUCAGAGGAAGUUUUACUUCCCCCUCUCUGGUUCAGAGCUGUGGACCUGAAUCCAUGGAGCAUUUGAUCCACAAUGAUUUGGAAUGUCAAGCUCUUGAGUACUGUGGCUUUGGGAUUGGCUUAACAGAAAGGCAGUCAUCUCUGAGAAUUUGCACGUGCACAUACGCUUUUGCACAUACGAAGGACUUCAGGAUGAGACGCUUCGACAAGCUGAAGAAGGCAUUCCCCUUCCUGGCACACUUUCAUGUAUAUAGAAAACUUGGUAGUAACAUGCAUGGCGAGGAAGGCACAGAAUGGCUUCUGGAGCUGUUGAUGGAGGUGCAAUUGCAACAGUACUUCCUACGUAUCCGAGAUGACCUUAAUGUCACACGGCUGUCGCACUUUGAUUAUGUCAAGAAUGAGGACCUGGAGAAGAUUGGAAUGGGUCGUCCAGGCCAGAGACGACUGUGGGAGGCUGUGAAGAGGAGGAAAGCAAUCUGCAAGCGCAAAUCCUGGAUGAGCAAGGUGUUUAGCGGUAAGCGUCCAGAUGGUGAUGACUUCCCCCAGCAGGAGCAGCAGGCCUCUUCCUUCCAAAAACUGUCUCCCACAUCUCCCCUGGGUGUGGGAGAAGGAGUUCUGACUGCACAGCCUGGUGGUGGCAGCGCUGUCCUUGAUGGGCAGCAUGCUUUGACCUGCCUCAUCCCAGAGAAAGACCUGACUCUGUUUGAGAAGUUGGGUGAUGGCUCCUUUGGUGUUGUGAAGAGAGGAGAGUGGCUGACACCCGCAGGGAAAUUGCUUAACGUAGCCGUGAAGUGUCUGAAGACAGAUGUGCUCACCCACCCUGAUGCUCUGGAGGACUUCAUCUGUGAAGUCAAUGCUAUGCACUCACUUAACCAUCAGAACCUCAUUCGCCUAUACGGUGUGGUGCUCACACACCCAAUGAAGAUGGUAACGGAGCUGGCUCCUCUGGGUUCUCUGCUGGAUCGACUGAGAUGUGUUCAUCCACAGGGCCCAGUGUUGAUCCACACUCUCUGUCAGUAUGCUGUGCAGGUGGCCUGUGGCAUGGCUUACCUGGAGCAAAGAAGGUUCAUUCACAGGGACCUGGCAGCCAGGAACAUCCUGCUGGCUUCAGUGCACAGAGUGAAGAUUGGUGACUUUGGUCUGAUGAGGGCGCUGCCUAACAACAAUGAGCAAUAUGUCAUGCAGGAGCAUCGCAAGGUCCCUUUUGCAUGGUGUGCCCCAGAGAGUCUGAAGACUAGAACCUUCUCCCAUGCCACAGACACAUGGAUGUUUGGAGUCACUCUGUGGGAGAUGUUCACACAUGGGCAGGAGCCUUGGCUAGGUCUUAAUGGGAGUCAGAUCCUGCACAAGCUUGAUAAAGAAGAUGAGUGCCUCCUUAAGCCAGAAGACUGUCCACAGGAUAUUUAUAAUGUCAUGUUGCAGUGCUGGGCUCAGAAACCAGAUGACAGACCAACCUUUGUCGCCCUGCGGGAGUUUCUGCUUGAGACCAUGCCCACAGACAUGUGUGCUCUCCAGGACUUUGAUGAGCCUGACAAACUCCAGAUCCAGGCUAAUGAUGUCAUCACUAUUAUAGAAGGCAGGGCAGAACAUUAUUGGUGGCGUGGUCAGAACAAGCGUACUCUUAAGGUGGGCCAGUUCCCGAGGAAUGUCAUGACUUCAGUUGCCGGUUUGUCUGCUCAUGACAUCAGCCGUCCUCUCAAGAACAGCUUCAUCCACACAGGCCACGGAGACAGCAACCCUCAACGCUGCUGGGGCUUCCCUGACAGGAUUGAUGAUUUGUACCUUGGGAAUCCCAUGGACCCUCCUGAUGUCUUUGGCUUAGAUCUCAGUGCUGCUCAGCCCACACAGCUGCCAGGUCGAUCCAAAAAACCUUUCUAUGAUCCCGUAAACCAGGAUAAUGAUUUUACUUCUACAGGAUUGAAGGGACUAUCACUUCGAAAAACCGGCCCCAUCAAGGGCCUCAAACUGAAACCUGCUGCCUGGGUGCCUGCUUCCAAACAGGGAAGCAGCCAGACAUCUGGAUCAGGCUAUAAUCCCAACAGUGAAGUGUCACUCAUUGAUUUUGGGGAGGAGUUUUCUGUAUCCACACCCUCUCCUUCUCCAGGGGUUGAAAUUCCAGUCCCCUCAUUGACGAAGCUGGUUUUGGAGACUGAAAACAUCUGGGACCGCAUUCCACCUCAGAGCCCGUCUAGAUCACUGCCACAACCACUUCACCCUAUGCCAGUAGUGGACUGGGAUACCCGACCAUUACCUCCACUUCCAGCCUAUGAUGAUGUAGCCCAAGAUGAAGAUGAUAUGGAGGUGAGUUCCAUCAAUAGUGCUGAGCAGCAGCAUGAAGAGAACAGUGACCGUCUCUCUUCUGAACCGAGGGGGGAAUGGGACACUGCUGUACCUGGAGGUAAAGACAGACUAAGUCUUGAAGACAACCUGUUUCUCCCCACCAAGCAGAGCCAAGGGCUGUCUUCCUCUUUUUCCCAAUCAGAAGAGAUUUUCCAAGAACUCCAGCAAGAGUGCAUGCGGAGGCUCAAUGUGUCCACUGGAGGUGCUGCUCAUUUAAGUUUCCCUCUGCAGAGCUCAUCUUCAUGUUCUCAGAACCAGGACAUACCCCAGUCAAUUGAGGACAAACCUCAGAUCCCUCCUCGUAUCCCCAUACCACCUCGCACUGCAAAACGAGGUGACUACUUGCCUAUUCAUUGGUCAAGGGAGGUCUCAUCAUCUCCAACACCAACCAACACCACAGAGGAUGUCUCUGGUCCAAACCAUGACCAACCACCUCAGAUCCCUCCCAGGGACCCUUUGUCCCAGCCACCCACAAGGACCCCUAGCCCCAUGGGCCAUGUCGUGGGCUACCCCCAUCAGAGGGUCUAUUCAGUCAGCCCCACUACCACACAGGCUUCACUAACCUCCUGCACAUCCACACACACCUAUGGUACCUACCUCUCCACUUCUCCAGGUAAACCCAUGCCUAUGACACACAGCUUUGCCUCAGACCCUAAUUAUGCUGCACCUAAAGUGAUACAGGCACAGGGCAAUGACUCCGCCAAUAAGGGCCCGUGUAUUCUUCCCAUUGUCCGUGACGGACGUAAAGUUAGUAACACACACUAUUACCUUCUGCCAGAGCGGCCCCCGUACCUUCACCAGUAUGAUCGUUUCUUCAGGGAAGCGGAGAGUCUACCUGCCAGCGGCAUAGAAGAAAGGCACGUUCGGCAAACAAACACCGCCACUGUCAGGCCUAUGGUGUUCAGCAACAAGACUGUCCACGGACACAUUCAGGGGCAGGUGCAAGGGCUUGUCCAGCAGAGUGAAGUGAAGGCAAAUUUUUCCACAAACAAUAACAGUGGUCUCAGUGAGACACAGACAGGGAUAAAGACAUCAGUUAGUCUUCCCCGGGUCUGUUCAGAGGGUGUAACAGCACCAGGAGUCACAGUUUCCUGCAUUAGGAUGGAUGGAGGCGGGGUAUCAGCUGAAAAGAUCAAAAUGGUGCAACAGGGUGUCCACGGUGUGACAAACGAGGAGUGCCAAAGUGCCCUUCAGAACCACAGCUGGAAUGUCCAGAAAGCUGUGCACUACCUAAAGGUGGAGCAGCUGUUCUGUCUGGGUUUGAGGAGUAGAGCCGAAUGUCUAAAAUUGCUGGAAAUGUGUGACUGGAAUUUGGAGGUCGCCAGCACUCAGAUGCUCGAUAACUAUGGUUCAACAACAAGGCAGAGACGGUGACAGAAAUCUGAAAGUGCCCAGAUCUGAUUGGAACUUCAUCUUGAGUUAAACAUCAGAGGAGGUGAAUCUGCUCCUGACCUUUCCGCUUUGACUUCUCAGUUGCACAUCCAAUCAGAAGACGUAUUUGGAGGAAUGAAGCACAUUUGUGUUGAACAAGCACAGAACGCCAAACUUAAUUUCACACUGCUCAUAGAUGGAAGAAUCUAAUCUGUGGCUGAAGGAAGAGCAUGGGUUUGGAUCAUAUUUUGUUAGACCUGGAGGUGAUGAGGUUUUUGCACCUUUGAAGACAUCCACCAUUUUUUGCAAAGUUGCUGGAAUUUACAAAUGUACUAGUACUUGUUUUCACACCUUAAUAGAGACCAUUUAUGCUCUCAUAUCUGGAUGUUACUACACUACUAUUACUGCCAUAAAUACAUGCUGGCCAGCUGUAGGGAGGUGAGGUUCAAAUAUUUCUGUUUCACGUAAGAAAUGAACCCAAA